UUUAAAAAAGUAUCGAAACAUCGAGUUUUUUCUAAAGUUUUUAUGUAUUUAUUUAUUAAAGGAGAUAGUACAUGCCGUAUUUCCGCGAUAGAGUCCCACCCUCUAAUAAAGCCCUACCCUGUAAUAGAGCCCCAUUCUGGAGAACAGUUAAAAAAAUAGAGCCCCAUGGGGUGUAUAAAGGAAAUACGUUUUUCGAUAAUUUACUUGUUGGGAAAAGCGAUCCUUCAGAUUUUUCAAAAGCAUGGAGGAAAAAAUUUUCGAAACAUCCGUCUUGGUGCGAUGCAGAUAUGUGCCUUCAACAAAUUAAUUCUGGCAAUGCUUAUGGCAACAGACUAGCUUUAUAUUCCCGUGCUCUCUUCCAAAAAGCCCUUUUCCAUUUGGGCAAAUUUGUUCAAAAAUGGCCAAAAUCAAUUAUUGUGUUGGGAAUUAUUGUUUUAUUAAUUUGUUGUUAUUGGCUAAAGGAUGUUAAAAUUGAAACGGAUUUGGUUAAACUGUGGGUAGAACAAGGAGGUAGAUUAGAUGAAGAAAUGGCAUUUUUGCCAAAGUCGAAAGAAAAAUAUUAUUUACAAAAACAAUUAAGAGAAGAAAAACAAAUAAAUGGAACUGAAGAACACAGAAAAAAUAAAAAGAGAGAGGCCGUCAGAGUUUCUGAAAUUCCGACAGAUUCGGCUAAUUUUGGAGGAGGUUUUCAGGUAGUAAUUCAAACACCAGAACACCCAAAUAUGAAUAUGCUUACAAGAGAAGCGUUAAUUAAACAUGUUAAUAUUUUGGAACAAAUUGCUAAUUAUAGUGUAGAAGUUUUUGGAGAGACUUGGUAUUUGUCUGAUAUUUGCUUCAAACCGCCACCUCCCACAGCCUCAAAAGAUGUUUUGUCGCAAUUAAUUGAAGAAAUAAUGGCACAAAUAAUUCCUUGUGUUUGGAUAACACCUAUAGAUUGUUUUUGGGAAGGUUCUAAACCUUUGGGGCCUUUUCCUCCGCUCGAUUUAGGUCCAGCUGCUCAAUUUGUUCCUUCAGUCUCUAACGGCCUUCUCUCAUGGAAAACAUUAAAUCCAGAAAAAUUACUUAAUUCAGUUCGUUCACUUAUUGAUGUUACUAUGGUUUCUGAUUUAUUUGAAAGGGCAGGUAUUGGCGCUGCUUACCAAGACCGUCCUUGUAUUGACCCACUCGAUCCUGACUGUCCAUCUUCUGCUCCAAAUUAUUUUGAUCGUUGUCGUGCUUAUGCAAAAUUUAAAGAAUGGAAUAAUGCUUUGCCUGAACAAAAUAAAAUAAAAUUGGAACAAAUUUCUAAAAAAGAAGAAAUUUCAAAGCCUUUAAGGAAAAGAGAAGUAACAGCAACAAAUAAUUCUUUAAAUUUAUUUUCUAAUACUUCAAAUAAUUCAACAACAGAUGAUUUGGCAGAUUAUUAUGAUAACAAUGAUGAUGAUAAAUCUGAAACUACGGAAUCCCCAGAAAAGAAAUUACAAAGGCAAAUGUUGGAGGAAUGUAAUAAAUAUGGAAUUAGUUUUAUGAAAUGGAUUAAUGAAAAUAGAACUAGAUUGAUGGAAUUUUUGUCAGAAUCUGAUAAAUUAAUUUUACCUCAAUAUCCAAAUUAUGGUGAACAAUUGACUGGUGGAUGUAAAGGAUUUGGAAAAAAUAUAAUGCACUGGCCAGAAGAUUUAAUUGUUGGUGGAAUUGAGAGGGACUCUAACGGAUUUAUUCGACACGCAGAAGGAUUCCAAACAGUUUUCUUAGUUGCUUCAGCUGGGGAUGUUCAACACAGAAUUUCUCAUGCCAAAUCACCAAAUUAUAAAACUAAAAUUGAUAAAAAUCAUUUUACUACAACCCACGCUUCUGUUAUUAUUCAGACAUGGCAGAGAAGCUUUACUAAACGUUUAUAUGAACAUGAAUUGAAUAAACCGAGUGAAGGCAUUCGUGUUGUCCAUCCAUUAGCUUCCACAUCAAUUUCAGAAAUGUUAGAACAAUUCAGCGAAUUCCAAUUCGGCACAAUAUUUAUAGGAUAUAUUCUAAUGAUUAUUUAUGCUGGUUGGUCUCAAUUACAAUGGGAUGGAUUUUGGUUUUCUUCACGUUCUAGUUGUUUAUUAGCUGUUGUUGGUGUACUUAUGAUUACUUUUGCCUCAGUUGCGGGUCUGGGAGUUGCCACAGCCAUGGGAAUUAAUUUCAAUGCUGCAACAACUCAAAUUGUUCCUUUUCUUACUUUGGGGCUUGGCAUAGAUGAUAUGUUUCUUUUACUUCAUAAUUAUAAUGAUGUAUUAGAAGCUGUUAAAGAAAAAGAAGUGGCUGUAUUACUUAAAGAGACGGGAAUGUCUAUCCUCAUAACUUCCAUCAACAACAUUCUUGCCUUUAUCACUGGUUGUAUUUUACCAAUUCCAGCACUUCGUUCAUUUUGUGGACAGACCGCCAUUUUAUUAACAUCCAACGUUCUCUGCAUUAUAAUGCUCUAUCCAGCAUUUAUUGCCCUAGAUUUGAAGAGAAGAAAGGCUGGUUAUCGUGAUAUGUUUUGCGGAGUUGAUUAUUGUUACCGUUUUGUUUCAUCAGCUGCUUCUGCUAAACAAAUUGUUGAACAACAUCCAUCUGGGAAAAGAAAAUUGGAAGAAAGCAGUAGCCGAAAUCAAUUAGUCAAAACAGACUCCGAUUCCCCUUCAUUAAAUAAUCAGUCAGAAAUUGAUUUACAACAAAUGAGUGAAUCUGUAUUUGGAACAGGCCCAGCACUUAAAACGAAAUUACAAUUAAAUUGUGAACAAACAGAAAAUAAUUUUAAUAUAAAAAAAUUUGUAAAUAAAUGGUUGACAUUAAAUGGGUUUUUACAUGAAGUUUAUAUUCCAACAUUGAGGAAACCUAUUGCUAAGGCAACCAUUCUCUUCUGCUGUUCUUCAAUGUUUCUCUUUGGUUGUAUAGGCCUUUACCAAUCAAAAAUUGGUUUAGAAUUGGCUGAUGUUCUUCCUGAAGAUACAGCUCCAGCUGCGUUUUUAAAAGCUAGAGAAAAAUAUUUUAGUUUCUAUCCAAUGUUUAUUGUUCCUAUGGGACCGGGUGUUGACUAUUCUAGACAGCAAAGGAAAUUGGAACAAUUGAGGGCUGAUAUUGCUCAAUCUGAAUUUGUUAUCAAAGCGGAUGGAAAGCCAGAGGCUUAUUGGAUGAUAUUUAUGCGUACUUGGCUUCAUGCACUUCAAGCCCAUUUAGACAAAGCCCGACGUGUUGGAAUCCAACCAACUGAUAGUCUUACCCAAAUUGCCGCCUCUUCUUUAGCUAUUAAUUACACACUUGUUGAUGAUUUUUAUCUGGCUAGAAGAUUACUUUGUUCUAGGGGAGAAGAAUAUAAUUGUUCUACUAAAUUACAAACUCGACUUAUUGAUUCUGAGGAUAUUAUCGAUUCUGCUGGAUUUUAUAAUUAUUUAACUGCUUGGUUUCAUUUAGAUAAUAUGAUGUAUUAUGUCUCUCAAGCAGGCUUUUUUCCAACUCCUCCAGGAUGGCGGUUUGUUCCUUCAGAGGAAGGUGUUGUCCCUCAAGCAGAACCUUUAAUUUAUUCUCAAAUUCCGUUUUAUAUGAAUGGAUUAACUGAAACACCUGCAAUUGUUCAAAUGAUUAAAGAAAUCCGUGCCAUUUGUGAUCGUUAUACAGCUGAUGGUUUCCCUGUUUAUCCUACUGGUAUUCCAUUCACAUUUUGGGAACAAUAUUUGCAAUUGACAUUUUAUUUGUUUGUUUCGAUUUUGACAAUUGCAACAGCAGUUCUCUUGGUUAUUUCUGUUAUAAUUUUUAAUCCUUGGGCAGCUGCUAUGGUAGCAAUUAUUGUUGUGUCGAUGACUGUAGAAUUAGCUGGAUUUAUGGGAUUAUUUGGAGUUAAAAUGAAUCCAAUCUCAGCAGUUACUUUAAUUACAGCUGUUGGAAUAGGUGUUGAAUUUACUGCACACGUUGUUCUUGCUUUCCUUACUUCUUUAGGUACUAGAGAUGAAAGGAUGGUUUCUUGUUUGGAUCAUAUGUUUGUUCCUGUAAUUCAUGGUGGUCUUUCAACCCUUUUAGGCAUUGUUAUGCUUGCCUUUUCUGAAUUUGAUUUUGUUGUUAAAUAUUUUUUUGUUGUAAUGUCUGCUCUAGUUAUUAUAGGAUUAAUUAAUGGUUUAGCUCUUUUGCCAGUACUUUUGUCACUUAUUGGGCCCCCUUGUGAGAUAACACCUUUUGAUGGUGAUGGAACUCAAUUAGCUUGUCCUCUAUCUAAACGACAUAGUAGUUCUAAUAGCAGUAAUAGUGGUAGAAGUAGUGUUGUUAAUCCUUUUAUGAUAACACUUCCACCUGAUUCUGAUAUGAAAAAACAAAAAGUGGAUGCUUUAAAUGGUCUUAAAACAACUCAAAAUCUAAAUAAUAAUGCUGCUAGUUGUUCUUCCUCUUCUACCUCUUCCUCAGAAGCAAGUCCCAACUCUUCAUCAUCAUCUCCAACUUCAAGAAGUUCUGAAAACAAAAGACAACCAGAAGAAAAACAACAACAAACAACAAUACAUAAUUAUCACGAAUCACUUUCUACAUUAUAUGAAGCAUCUACAAAUACAAGUGGAGCUGAGGAAAAUAUUAAUGAAAAAAAUAAAAACACAAAAUAA